AUGCUCCUGGAAGUGGGCGCGGUGGACCUCCUAGACGUGCCCGACUGUUCUGGCGAAACGCCGAUUGAACUCGCAAUGCGGAAAAAGAAGAGGAUGUUGGUUUUGGCCUUCCACAAGUGCCAAAUCUUCAAGCUCCUAUUCGGCAGGCCACACCUGUUCCAGAAUAACUUCGCGGGUCUCUUCGUUUGCUUCAUUGCCUUCAACAUCCUCCUCUUUGCCCUCAUCGUAGCGCCAGGAAUUGCGGCUAGAAAUCCCGAAGCCGUCAUGACCUGGUCCAUAUUGAUGGGGCUGUCACUGCUGCUUUGGGUGCAGUGCCUCUACUCGGAUCCCGGGUGGCUCCAGCCACGUACCAUAAACUCCCAGAGUCACCUGCUGGGCAAAGAUCCGGCCAGGACGUUUGAUGUUGAUCAGCCGAUCGAGUCGCAGAUGGCUCACUGCGACAACGUUCUGCAGAAGCUCAUCUCCACAUGCGACGGAGAGGCCCCGCAGCUCAUGAAGUUGGAGCUAGAGCAGAACAAGUACAACUAUCAGCGGCAGCUUCUCCGGGAAGCACGGAAACGGCUCGAAGAAGGCUGCGGAAUUGGCGAUCCUCGAAGCCCAGCCUUGGGAGAAUCCCAGCCCUUGAUCGCGGCAGGUUUCAAUGAUUCCGGGUCACGGCAGGCUCAGCUGGAUCGGGCAACAGUGACGCUGCACGAGCGUGAACGUGCAGCAAGCGACAACCUGGGACGCGCUCGGGUGGAGCAGCUCCUUGCACAAGGGGCUGGCGAGUAUCUCACCUUCGUGGAGAAGGGGGAGUUCAAGCAGGUGUGCGUCAUUUGCCGCACAGUGCGCGAAUUUCGCUCGCACCACGUAAAGGAGCAAGGCCGGUGUGUGCACAGAAUGGACCAUUAUUGCCCUUGGAUAGACAAUACCGUUGGCUUGGGGAACCAGAGGUCGUUCUUUGUGUUCGUCACACUGAUGUAUGCCACCGUCCUCUACUUCUACUACACGGUCUUCCUCUACGCGUUCGACACGGUGUUUCCAGAGAUUUCCCGAGGCUCCUUCAGUGAGCUUCUGCAGUCCCUGACAAGUGGAUCCUUUGGAGCGGAGGUGCAACCAGUUCUGGUCCUGCUCACGGCUGGGGUGGACCUGUUUUGGGUCUACUUCCUGACCCUUCUCAUGGCCAGGACCACGCUGAACAUGUUGGUGAAUGUGACUACCUACGAGACCUUGAUGAAACCCAGCCAUGUGCUACGACGCUUCCCGAAGACUCGAGGGAAGUGGUGGUUUACUCAAGGCACCACUCUGCGAUCUGCCAUUUCGAAUUGCAUUAGCUACUGGACAUUGGACACCAGUGGAGAUGCAGCAGCUUUCCGCGGAAGUCCUCAAGACAGCUUCAUGGCACCCGGACAGACAUCGAGGAACAAGUGGCAAGAACUGCCCGAAGAGCCCUGA